AUGAGCGAUGUCCAACAAGUGAACGGUCAGGCACCUCUCCACGAAAAGGUGCAGCAACAAGACGCACCCUUGGCAGAAUUCGAUGGCAACAGCAACCCUGCACCUUCACCUACGAUCCCCGGAAAGGAACGUCUUGAUGAAGCCGUCGGAAAGGCCAUUGGAGGCACCGUAAUCCCCUCGGAUAUCCAUCCCGGUGACAUGCCCACAACAACCCAGCUCGACGCUGACAAGAAGAAUGCUCCUGUAGAGACACAGCCCCAGAGCAGAGUCCAGCCCGAGACAACCGAAGUCAGCAAGACUGGGGAGGAUAACGAGGAUGAGGACCAGGAGAAUGACCCUAACGCUGAGGAUACGGAGGAGCAGAACCAGAAGCGCAAGGAGAUGAAUGAUCCCAAGAAACGCACUGUGGGUGCCUACCCAGAGAUCACUCGUAUCGGCUGGCUUGAUGCCUACAAGAGGACAGAUGGUCCUCAGAACGAGUUCCGAGACAAGUCCAUUUGGAUGGAAGAGUUUGCCAGUAGUGCCCUCUUUGGGGCCUUCUGGCACAAUGCUUCUGCCAUCAUCGCCGUCCCCAUCGUCUGCUUCGUCGUCUUCAAGCUCGGCGGAGGAUUCGUCUCCCUCAUCCUCAUCAUCGCUUUUGCAGCCACGUACUACAAGAACUCCAUCCGUCGCUUCAGACGCAAUGCCAGAGACGAUAUCACCCGCGAGCUCAUCAGGAACGCUCUUGAGAACGAUGCAGAGUCGACAGAGUGGAUCAACAACUUCAUGUCCAAAUUCUGGCUCAUCUACGAACCCGUGCUCAGUUCGAUGAUUGUCGGUAUUGUCGAUGGUAUCCUUGUGGACCAGACCCCUGCCUUCUUGGACUCUAUCCGUCUGACCACUUUUACUUUGGGAACCAAGGCCCCUCGUGUGGAGAGCAUCAAGUCUUUCCCCAAGUCUGACCCCGAUGUUGUCGUGAUGGAUUGGCGCGUGUCGUUCACACCUACGGAUAUCGAGGACAUGACCCCGCGUCAGCUGCGUACCCAGGUUAACCCCAAGAUCAUCCUCACCAUUCGUCUCGGAAACAGCCUCAUCGGUGCCGGAAUGCCCAUCCUUGUCGAAGACAUGUCCUUAACUGGUUAUAUACGAUUCAAGCUCAAACUUACCUCGACCUUUCCUCACAUCAAGACCGUCGAUUUCUGCUUCUUGGAGGCUCCUGUUAUUGAUUACGUUCUCAAGCCUGUUGGAGGUGAUACCUUUGGCAUGGAUAUCGCCCACAUCCCAGGAUUGCAAUCAUUCAUUCGUGACCAAACACACGCCAUAUUGGGACCAAUGAUGUACGCUCCCAACGUCUACACGCUCGAUUUGGAGCAGAUGAUGACCGGAGGUGCCUCGCUCACUGCUGCUGCCGGUGUUAUCCAGCUCACCAUCUACAACGCCAAGGACAUAAAGAACUCUGAGCUCAUCGGCCAAUCGGAUCCUUACAUCAAGAUCCGUCUUGGAAACCGCCCCGAAAUCGCCUCUACCCAGGUCCAGAAGAACACCUUGAACCCGGUGUUCAAUGAGACGAACAUUAUUUUGAUCAACAACUUGAACGAAAUGAUCUGUAUGGAGGUCUUUGACAAGGACACUGUCGGUAAAGACAGCUCCCUCGGCCAGGCAAACUUUGAUCUCAAGACCCUCGAAGAAAACCCCGUCCAGGACGAUGUCUGGUGCAGUAUCCUCUUCAAUGGCAAAGAGCGUGGCUCCAUCCGCAUCCGUGCCGCUUACUUCCCAGUCGCCAAACCUACCCCUGUCGAGGACGGUGGUGAGCCUGUGCCAGUCGAGUCCAACUCGGGUAUUUUGGCUAUUAACCUUGCUCAGGCCAAGGAUAUUGCGCGCUCGGGCAAACUCAAGUCGCACUGCCGGGUGGUGUUGAAUGGGCAGGUUGUUCAUACGACGGGCAACAGUAUUGGAGCCAACCCUACGUGGGGUGCGUAUGUGGAUGCCUUUGUGACGGACCUUGAGGCUGCGCAAAUUUUGGUCGAGAUUGUCUCUGAGGAGCAGGUUGUUGGAUCCUAUGGCGCGCCUGCGACGCAUAUCUUGAGGGAUACCGAGGAUAAGGUUGGUUGGCUCUCGUUGCAGGGUGGACAAGGAGGAGAGAAGUUGAAUAUGACGGCGGUUUGGAAGCCGAUUCUGAUGAGUGAUUCCUUGAACCCUACGGUCCACAAGGCGGCAUUUGGGGUUGCUCGGAUCCAGCUUUUUGGUGCUCGUGGGCUCAAGAAUGUCGAGAUUGGAAGCGACUCUGAUCCGUAUGUACUCAUCAGUGGAGACAAGGGCUCGAGUCGUUGCCGCACCAAGACUAUCGAUAGCUCGCUUAACCCCGAGUGGAACGAGAUCCAUUAUAUUGCCGUCAACUCUGUCAAGCAGAUCCUCGACUUUGAGACCUUUGAUUUCCAGAAGCGGACCAAGGACAGGACUCUUGGAAAGACGUCGUUCAAGGUCAACGACGUUGUGGAGGAGCUUCCUGACAAUGCUGGGUACCAGGCUCGCCCCGCCGUUGAUCGCUGGGCUCCCCUGAGACAGAAGGAUGGUUCGACCAAGGGUGAGCUUCAUUACCAGGUCUCGUUCCACCCCUCGCUCAAGUUGGCCAAGGAAGCGACCGAGGCCGAGAAGGAGAAGAACGCUCAUGCUGCUCAGGGCCCGCUGGAGGCUGCCAAGAAGGAGGUCGUCGAAUACGAUGCCGAGGUCGAGGCUCGCGAGAAGCUAGAGGCCGAGCAGAAGAAGGAAAUCCCCGUCGAGCAGGCCCAGAUCUUGUUACCCCCUGGCACCAUCCACGCUCAUGAGGCCCUCGAAUAUGAUUCCGGAAUCUUGGUCACUACUCUCAUCGGAGCCAACCUGGACCGCUCAGGAACCUACUGCGAGGUCUACAUCGACUCCGACUACUACCAACACAAGACCCAGAUCCAGAAAUCGCGCGACCCCAAGUGGAAUGAGAUUGCUGACAUUUUCGUCAAGGAGCUCGAGUAUGCCAAGUUGACCAUUCUGAUCAAGGAGAAGUCGUCGAUCGAAAGGGAUCCCGUCGUGGGAAGUGUAACUGGCAACAUCAGGACUCUGUUGGAGACCACCCCUGCCGAGGGCGCCGAGUUUGAUGUGGUCGACAAGACAGAGAAACGCGGCACCAUGCGGCUCAAGCUUGAGUACCUCCCUGUGCCCAUUGAGCUGUCCCCUAAGGAGAGGCUGGAUAACAUGGGUCAGUUGACUGUUCAUCUGGUCGGCGCCAAGGACUUGAUGGCGGCGGAUCGCGGAGGUGCCAGUGACCCUUACUUUAUCUUCCGCGUCAAUGGAAAGGAGGUCUUCAAGUCUGAAACCGUCAAGAAGAGCCUUAACCCCGUCUACGACGAAACCUUCGUCGUCCCUAUCACAUCGCGCGCAGAUGACCAGUUCUCAUUCGAAGUCUUCGACUGGAACCAGAUCUCAACUUCCAAAUCCCUUGGCCAAGGAGCCAUCGACCUCCGCAACCUUCAACUUGUGCUCCCCAACGAUUUCAAACUUCCUCUCCAGAACAAGACUAACCAAGGAGAAGUCCAACUCCGUCUCAGGUUUAUGCCCGAGUUCCUGUCGUCCAACAAACGCAAGUCCGGUUUUGGAGCCACGUUCUUGGGUGAAGGCGUUGGUCUGGUAGGAAAUGCCGGUAUGGCGGGCGUUGGAGCUGUGGGUCAGAUAGGACAGGGCGCGGUCAAGGGCGUUGGUGCCGUGGGUCAAGGUGCUAUCAAGGGCGUUGACACCGUGGGUCACGGUGCUAUCAAGGGUGUUGGUGCAGUUGGUAAGGGCGUCUUUGGUGGCUUGUCCGCUGGUGCCUCAGCCAUCGGAUUGGGUCACAAGAAGAAGGACACCGUCCCUACCACUACCACCGCCCCCGCCGUCAUAGCCACGGCCCCCGGCAGCGGCACCGGAAUCGUCGGCCGCCUCACCAUCCACGUCAUCGAAGCCGACCACCUGCUGGGCGUUGACAAAUCCGGUUUCUCCGACCCCUACGUCAAAGUCCGCGUCAACUCCAAGGAUGUCCUCAAGACCAAGGUCAAGAGGGACACCCUUUCCCCGAACUGGUCUGAAUCAGUUAUCGUCCCCGGUGUGAGAACGGAUCAGCCUGUCGUCGUGGAUUUCCAGGUCAAGGAUCAUAACACGAUUGGCGGAAGUAAGGAGUUAGGAAACUGCGAUGUGUCGUUGUGGGAGUAUAUUCAGCCUGGUGCUGGAAGUUUGCAGGCGGAUUUCUGGGCGCCAGUGGAUGGACAGGGAGGUAAAUUGCAUCUGGCGUUGCAGUUUGAGCCUAGUGAAGCUUGA